AUGUCCUCCCGCCUCUCCCAACUAAACGCCCACCUAAACUACCCUCGCGGCCUGCUCGCCGAUCAAGUCGCGAUCAUCACCGGCGCCGGCCAAGGCAUCGGCGCGGAAGCAGCCCGCCUGUUCGCAAACGAGGGCGCAAAGGUCGUCGUCGCUGACAUUGACGGCGAAAAAGCAAAUGCGGUAGUCAACGCCAUCAACGCGGCGUCUCCAAACCGCGCCGUCGCCGUCGUCGGCGAUAUCCUGGACGAUGCCUACAUCCAGACGCUCGUUGACAGGGCCGCUGAAUUCGGGAACGGCAAGAUCCAUGUUAUUGUUAACAAUGCGGGCUUUACGUGGGAUGGGGUUAUUCAUAAGAUCACAGACAAGCAAUGGGACACCAUGAUCGCCGUGCACAACACGGCGCCGUUCAAGCUCAUCCGCGCGGCGGCGAAGUACUUCCGGGUUAAAGACGGGGAGCCCCGCGUGAUCAUCAAUAUCUCGAGUACGAGUGGGAUCCAUGGAAAUGCCGGGCAAGCAAACUACGCCCUGGCAAAAGCCGGCGUUGUCGGACUAACCCGCACCAUCGCCAAAGAAUGGGGCCCGCAGUUCGGCGUCCGCUCUAACACGAUCGCGUUCGGGUUCGUGCAGACCCGUCUGACGGCUGCGAAGGAGAAGGGGGCGUUCAUUACGACGCCCGACGGGACGAAGGUUGCGCUGGGGAUUCCGGGGCAGCAGGUUGCGGCGAAGGAGGGGGCUGGGAAAGAUGGGAAGCCUGCGUAUCCGGAUAUUCCGCUGGGAAGGCCGGCGAGUCCGGAGGAGGCGGCGAGGAGUGUCCUUGCUGUUGCUAGUCCGUUGUUUAGUUAUGUUAAUGGGGAGACGAUUCGGGUUACGGGGGGGAGGAAUAUGUAG